UCAAAAAAAAGUCAAGAGAGAGUGCAGCAUAACCCUUCAACCCAUCAACUACAACAUUCGAUACUUGAGGCAGUGAACGUCAUUAACAUUCCUCCUGACACCGCCCGUGACUCAGUCUAGCCUUGAUAGUAUAUCUCAGAAGACUAGGAAGAUGGCGGAGAAUAUAUUCCUUUUCGUCCCAAACCUCAUUGGUUAUGGUCGCAUCAUAUUGGCAUUGCUGUCGUUCUACUACAUGCCCACCAACCAUAUCAUGGCAGCAUCUAUGUAUAUUCUGUCUGGUUUUCUGGAUGCUUUUGAUGGCCACGCUGCUAGACUUCUUAAUCAAGGUACAAAAUUUGGUGCAAUGCUGGACAUGCUAACAGACCGUUGUGGAACAAUGUGUUUACUGGUCACACUGAGCCAUUUCUACCCUCAGUAUAUGUUCUUCUUCCAGCUCGCCAUGACUAUUGAUAUAGCCUGCCACUGGCUUCACCUUCACACGACUGUGAUGGCUGGCUGCUCCAGCCACAAAGGUCAAGAAGCAAAUGCCAAUCCUGUUCUGCGCCUGUACUACACAUCCCGCCCAGUCCUGUUUACUAUGUGUGCUGGAAAUGAGCUGUUUUAUUCAGCACUUUACCUUCUUCAUUUUACAGAAGGACCUAUUAUAGCAGGUGUUGGUCUUUGGCGUAUGAUGUCCAUUGGUCUCUUUCCCAUUGGUGUUUUAAAGUCAAUUCUAGCUCUAAUGCAAGGUUACAAUGCUGCACUUAGCCUAGGAGAAAUUGACGUUAAAGAACGCCUGGAAGCUGCUAAAAAAUUAUAUUAAGGAGGCAGUUUCAUUUAAAUGUACAGCACUAAAGAAAUUAUCCUUUAUAAUAAUGUUUAUAUGAAAAAUUGUUUCUUUGAGAAGUAAUAUACAGUAUUAAUUAAUGGAGUGUGAAUUACUGUAUAUAACACAUACCAUACCCCAAGCUCUUGUCGAGGUCAACCUUGGUCUAGCAUGGCACUGAAUUAGUACUGGCCUUCACAGUAUUUGCUUGGUGCCCUUCAGAAUAGGGUUAACCUUUCCACAGAUGCAUAGAGGUUGAGAAAGAUUUGUUAUAGCUCUAGGACUAGUCAACUUUACUGAAUUGUGCAACACACGCAUAGGACCCAAAAUCUCGAAUCCAUUGAAAAAUCUAGAACAUUUUUUUUGUGAAUACAUCGAGUAGUGGGUACAAAUGUAGCAAGGCUGACCAAUAAUUUUUAAUGGUACAGACACAACAGUACUGGACUCGUCUGAUGCUGCUCCAGAUCAUGGCUUGCCUCCGAGACUGAGCUUGUGGGUUGAUCUAUUAGUUGUAACUGGGGACCAAUUGAGGUUUACAUGAUAAUACAGGAAGAGAAUGAAAUUAGUAUGAGCUUGCCACUCUCCAAAUGUGGUGGGAGUUAGGGAAGGCAUGUCUAGUGUUCUCACUAGAAACUUGAAAUCUGCUAUGGUAGUGUAGUGGUCUAGAAUUUCAAGAGUAGCUUUAAAACCAUUUAUUUCUGUGGUUGCAUUGAUGUAUGUGUGUGUAUGCAUGUAUAUGUUCUAACCUAUAUGUGAUUGCAGGGGUUGAGUCACAGCUCUUGUAUAUGGAUGUAUGUGCAUACCUUUGUGUGUGUGUGUGUGUGUGUAUAUGUGUAUGUGUAUAUGUAUGUGCAUGUUUAUACACAUACGUGCACUGUCCUAUCCUCACCCAUGUCUGACUGUAGUCCCCUGGCAUCAUGCCCUCACUGGUUGCCACCAGGCCCACUCUUCCAGCCUCAAGAGCCCCAUCAUACCUAUUUCCAAAGCAAUGUGUGUGGAUCUUGCCUCUACAACUCCACUCUCCAGUUUGUUCCACUUCUUGACCACUCCAUGGCCAAAGAAAUACUUCCUGACAUUCCUACGACUCACCUGAGUUCUUAGCUUCCAGCUCUGUGUGCAUGCGUGUGUGUGUGUGUGUGUGUGUGUGUGUGUGUGUGUGUGUGUGUGUGUGUGUGUGUGUGUGUGUGUGUGUGUGUGUGUGUGUGUGUGCACGCGUGUGUGCAUGUGGAUGUGUGCGCGCGCGCGUGUGCGCACGUGCACACUCAUCUAUUUGUGGUUGCAGGGGUUGAUUUGCAUCUGGCCCUGCCUCUUUACUAGUCAUUUCUAGGUCCACUCUCCCUGCUCCAAGAGCUUGAUCAUACCUCUUCUUAAAGCUGUGUAUAGAUCCUGUAUGUGUGUGUGUGUGUGCAUUAUUUAUUUAAUUAUAUAUACAAACAUUUAUACUUCAAAAGCUUUGUUCAUUUCCUCAGAGGUAGAGCAGGUGUAUAGGGUGGAACUGGAAUUGCUCCUCUAGAUUACAAGAUUGAGGAGUUUCAACAGAGAAACUGAUUCCUCUGAAAUAUAGCCCUUUUAGGGAGGGACAAGCACCUUGAUGCUAAUGAAAGGCUUUUGAUCCAGUGAAUUGGAGCCACCAUCCCCUUUCUUGAAUUAACCUGUUUACCUCCUAUUCCCCGGGUUUAAUGUUUCAUAUGAUUAUAAUCAUUACCUGGGAUAUAACAUGGUAUUUAAUUUCCCUAACAAGAUUAUUGACCAGCUCUUUUAAGAACACAGAGCUAGCAUGCUUUUUCUAAGGUUUAAAUGCAUCUGUACCUCCCCAAAUAUGCUGUAAAUCAUAUACCCUACUAACUCAAAUUAUAAGGAUACAUCAAUGUUUAUUAUAUGUACAAUAUUUUAGAUCAUGAGAAUUUUAACCCUGUUGUUUGAAAGAAAAAAUUUUGCUGAAAAAAAUUUUAAAUCUGCUGUGUUUGAACCAUAUUUAGAAAAUGAUUAUAAAUCAACCAUACAUACAUAAUCCAAACAUGCAAAAAUUAAUGGAUUUUAUUGAAAGAUCAUCUCAAGGGAGGUUCCUUGAUGCUGCAAAGGGGCUCUUGAUGUAAGGAAUUGGACCUGUACUUCAAUUCCUUAAAUUGAGUCUGAAUGCCUUCCAUUCCCCAGACACUGUAUAACCCCUAUGAAUUUAGUGCACCACCAUGAAUAUAAUAAGAAUAUUAAAAGUGAUGAAAGAAAAAAUUUCAGUUCUGCUUGAAAUUAUCAAGAAAUAUAAAUAUCAGUAAUGUAGAGCUAAUACAAGUCCACCACACGUACAUAAAAUGCCAUAUAAAAAAUUGGUGCAUUUUAUUAAAAACAAUAAAAUAAAUUUUAAAUGAAACUUUUUUUUACCAGUUUGUACAAAGCAAAUCUGAGCCUUCAUACAUGAAUAAUGAACAUAUAAAACCAAUACAUUUGAGUAAAAUCAAAUGGGGGGGGGAGAAAUUUUUCUGAAAAUGUAAAAAAUCUAAUCUAUAUAUCUCGACAAGUUGGUACAAAACAAGUGACCUCGCCAUACAUGCAUGGAGGGCAUUAUUUUAUAGACUUGAUAACGGAUGAUACCAUUUUCUUCUUGUUUCAUCAAUGUCUUAUUUGGUAUUCCGCUGUAUAACCCUUGUGGUUUAGUGCUUCUUUUUGAUAAUAAUAAUAAUUAUUUGGUAUUCUACGUUAUUUUUUGUUGGUGCAAGUUGUAGUGGGCUCAUAUUUUUUGGGUACAAGUUUGCAAAAAAUAAAAACAUGCAAAUCUUUUAUUUGAGUUGGUAAUGAAAAAAAAAAAUUCCCUGGAUUUUGGAACAGCAGCAUUAAUGUCUGUUGUCAAAUAUAACAAUAAUGAAAAUCUUUGAACCAAAAUAACAAUAUAUUUGACAAGAGCCUGUGAUUGUCCUUACCCUACCUUCUUCAAUUUACAUAACUGACCUAUCAUGAAUUGGUUCUGCAUUUCCAUUUCUUAAGUUUCUGCUGUUAUUUUUACACUGUAUGUAAAGUGUAACAAAUGAGUAUAUCUUGUAAAAAUAAGAAAUAGAACACAGUACAGUGCUGUAGUGUAUUACAGAUUUUAUGAGGAUGGUAGAGCAUAAGUACAGGCUUACCUCGCUAAUAUGGCAGGUUAGGCUCCAGAUUGCUUCAGUACAGCAACUCUCAGCCUUGGCUUUUUUUUUUUUUCACUUGCCAUUCACACAAAGCCUAAAAUCACAUUUACACUAUCAUUAAGUGUGCAAUUGCACUAGGCCUAAAAAUGAUGCAAAAAGAAAAAAUUUAAAAUUGCCUAAAACCAUCUUAAGAGCAAGGCAAGCACCAAAAAUAAUAAACAUGAAUACGUAUUAGCGAGCGCCAUAUUAAUGAGGUUUGUAUUUUAUAUGUAUUAAUAUAUAUUUAUGUAUUUAUUUAUAUAAAUAUUUUAAAUAUAUUAAUAUAUAUUUAUAUAGUAAUUAGGUAUUUUAUGUGUACUUAUGUAGGUACAUAUUUAAUUUUGUUUUGAAUAUGCAGUUUGUUUCUAGUCUUCAUGAUGAUAGCCAAAUGAAUACUUCCAAAGUUUAGCACUUGUUUUAUUAACACAAACAUAUAAUGUAUUUUUAGUGAUCAAGAUGAUAAAAAAUGUAUAAAUCUUGGUUAAUUUAAGAGGAAUUGUUGUAGGCUUAAGCUUUAACGUUAUAAUCUUAUAAACUGUUUAAUAUAGUUAGGGCCAUUUGUAUGGAUGAAGAAUUUUAUUCAUUACUUGCUGUAUGACCCUUGUAGGUUUAGCACUUCUUUUUGAUCAUAAUAAUUAUACAUUACUUUGCCAAGCUAUUUCAACAUGUAACUUUUUGUAUGCAUAUCAGUACACAUAUGCCUGGAUGCUGUCAUUCUGUGUUUUUCCCCCUUCAUAAAUGAGCCUAAACAGGUCAGUAAGUGUAUUUGGUUUAAAAUAUGACUCAAGGUUAUCUAUAUGAAUAUCUUACAUUGAGUGUCAUCAUUUGUAUUAUAUAGAUAAGCUGUAUAAGGACAUAGUAUUCCUUAUUGUGGAAAAGUGUUGUUGUCUUAGUCUCCUUAAUAUAUUUUAUGUUGCUUGGCCAGCAGUGAUGUAAUUAAUAAAUGUAAAUAAAAUGAA